AUGGAAAAGACGAAAAUGGCCGAGCUCGGCUGGCUCAAGAGGAAAAAGGCGGCGAAGCCGAAUCUGCAGAUUUUGCUCUAUCAGGAGCGCGAUAGAGAAAUGCUCGAGCGACGCAAGAACAUGAUCAAGCACCAGCAGCAGAGGAAGACAAAAGUUCUACCGAUGCCGAUCGAAGAGCGGAAAAAAUCCCUCCGUCAAGAAAAAGCUCUUGAAAUUUGA